AUGGUUGGCCUAGAGCCUAGUGAUCAAGGAUGUGAUUCCUUUGAUGUGUGUAUGGUGGCACGUGAAACUACACCGAGUGCGGUCGGCCGUGAGAGCACCGCACUGAACGUCGGUAAUGGCGUUGUUGGCGAUUCGCCAUACAGUGUGGGCGGCCGUGAGGGCACCACACCUAUUGUCAGUAAUGAUAUUGUUGUCGAUACUCCGUAUAGUGUGGACGGCCGUGAGGGCACCACGCUUAACGCCGGUAAUGGCGUUGUUGGCGAUACGCCGUAUAGUGUGGACGGCCUUGAGGGCCCCACACCUAAUGUCGGUAAUGACCUUAUUGGCGAGACGCCGUUAAAUUUGGGGCUAGGCCCGCAUAAUACACGUGGAGUGGCACGUUUCAAUCCACUGAGUGAAGUGUUCGAGUUAUGUAACACUUCACCGGAUGUCGGUCAGGACAAAAGCAUUCGUGUAGAGCGCACUAUGGUUAGUAGUAACCAUGGGGACAAUAUUGUCCCGACCCCUAAGGGUUGUAAGGUCUCGAAGAGAAAUCGUGACGCCGGGUAG